AUGGACUCCGACUCCUGCGCCGCCGCCUUCCACCCGGAGGAGUACUCUCCCGGCUACAAGAGGAGGAGGACCGUGGAGGAUUUCAACAAAUUCUGCACCUUUGUCCUGGCCUAUGCCGGCUACAUCCCGUAUCCCAAGGAGGAACUCCCUUUGAGGAGCAGCCCCAGCCCCGCAAACAGCACCGCGGGCACCGUUGACAGCGAUGGCUGGGACGCCGGCUUCGCUGACAUCUCGUCCGGGGUGCCCCUGCCGGGGGACCGCUGCUUCGGCCACCUGCAGCCCAGCCUCCUGCAGCGCGCCAAGCCCAGCAACUUCCUGCUGGACAGGAAGAAGACGGACAAGCUGAAGAAGAAGAAGAAGAGGCGGCGCCGGGACGGCGAGGCGCCCGGGAAGGAGGGCUACGUGGGCAGCUUGCUGAAGCUGGAGCCCGCCGACCCGUAUGUGGAGACCCCCACGAGCCCCCCGCUGCAGGGCAUGCCCGCGGCGCCCGCCGACCCCUGCUCGGGCUGGGACUCCGACACCCCGUCCAGCGGCUCCUGCGCCACCGUGUCGCCGGACCAGGUCACCGAGAUAAAGACUGAGGGCAAGCGGACUGUCGUCCGGCAGGGGAAGCAGGUGGUGUUCCGCGACGAGGACAGCACCGGCAACGACGAGGACAUCAUGGUGGACUCAGACGACGACUCGUGGGACCUCGUCACCUGCUUCUGCAUGAAGCCGUUUGCCGGCCGCCCGAUGAUCGAGUGCAACGAGUGCCACACUUGGAUCCACCUGUCCUGUGCCAAGAUCCGGAAAUCCAACGUGCCGGAAGUGUUCGUCUGCCAAAAGUGCCGGGACUCCAAGUUCGACAUCCGCCGCUCCAGCCGCUCCCGCAUGGGCUCCCGGAAGCUCUUCCUGGACUGA